GCCGACUCACACGGGACCGGAUAGGUUCCUGAGUAAAAAAUUUCGGAACCAGCUCUGACGGGUUUCGCCUCCGGUAACAGUACUCGAGUGAAAAUUGCAUUUUCAGCCCUUUCUUUUAUUUUGUUUAAAAGAAUAGAUAGGUUGGAAAUGAGUUUCAAACCUGGGAAGCUCAGAAAUCCAUCAGACAGAAUGCCACUGAUUAUUUUCUUGGUCUGUCUCUUCUCUCUCUCUCUCUCUCUCUCUCACUUUCUCUAAAGAUUGCAUUUUUACCGUGCGAACUAGCAAAUUCGCCCUUCCUCCACCUCCUGGCUUCCGCUCCUAUUGAAGGGCACUCAUCAUCUGAACUUCAAAGUACGCAGCCUGCAUUUCCAUGAUCUCCGCCUCCAAUUCCCGCGAUCCCCACGACGGGUUUGCGCGGUGAUGCGUUUCUCGCUUCGCGGCGGGUCGUCGACGGUACCCAUUUCUUCGGGACGACGACCAUGUAUCUGAAACGAGGUUGUUCUUUGCUCCUGAAAGCGCAGAAGAAGCCCCGCAUUCCGGUCUUCCUCAACGGCGACGCGAGCUCGGCCCUCGGUCGCUCGGGCGAACCAGCCCGGGGCGAUGGCACCCCGGUCGUCCUCCACGAAUCCAACGUCGCGAGGAGGCUGAGCCGCGACCCCGACGUCUCGUCGGCCUUCCGGUUUUUCAAGUCCGUCGCGAACGGGGGCCUCUUCCGGCACACCCGGUUCACGUACGAGGUCAUGGUGAAGAGGCUGGGCCGCGAGGGGGAGAUCGACGCCGUGCAGUACCUGCUGCAGCAGAUGAAGUUGGACGGGAUUGGCUGUGGGGAGGAGUUGUUCGUGGAGGUGAUCGACUCGUAUCGGCGAGCUGGGUUGGUGGAGCAGGCGCUCAAGAUGUUCUAUCGGAUUCGAGAGUUCGGCUGCGAGCCGACGGUGAAGAUAUAUAAUCACCUGUUGGAUGCUUUGCUUAGUGAUGAUAGGUUCUCGAUGAUAAGUCCGGUGUAUGGUAACAUGAAGAAGGACGGCAUGGAGCCGAAUGUGUUCACUUAUAAUAUCCUGAUUAAGGCGUUGUGCAAGAAUGGUAGAGUUGAUGGUGCGCUGAAGUUGCUCAAGGAAAUGUCGAACAGGGGGUGUUUGCCAGACUCUGUAAGUUACACGACCAUAGUUUCGUCCUUGUGUAAGGUCGGUAAGGUAGAGGAAGGGAGGGAGCUGGCUAGGAAGUUUGGACCAUCUCUCCCUGUUUAUAAUGCUUUGAUUGACGGGUUUUGUAGGGAACGCAGAUUUAAGGAAGCUUUCCGGUUGUUCGCCGAGAUGAUGGAUGAAAAUAUUGACCCUAAUGUCGUCACUUAUACGCCAAUCAUCAGUUCUCUUUCGGAUGUGGGGCAGGUUGAGCUGGCUAUGGCAAUUUUCUCACAGAUGUCUUUAAGAGGAUGUCGCCCGAAUAUUCACAGCUUUACCUCAUUAAUGAAGGGUCUCCUGUUGAAAAGGAAGAUUCGUGAAGCUCUUGAUUGGUGGGACAAGAUGAUCAGUGAAGGGUUUCUGCCCAAUGUUGUUUCGUAUAAUACAUUGUUGCGUGGUCUAUCCUCUAACGGGAAUAUGAAGGAAGCUGUUCUUGUCGCUGAUCAGAUGGAGAGAAAUGGGGUUCCUCCGAACAGUACCACUUAUAGCAUUCUUAUUGAUGGUUUCGCAAAAUCUGGGAGUCUGGCAGGUGCAUCAGAGAUAUGGAAUAAGAUGAUGUUCAGUGGUUGCCGUCCUAAUGUUGUCGUAUAUACCUGUAUGGUUGAUGUCCUCUGCAAAAACUUUUUGUUUGACCAAGCGUAUUCCUUAAUAUUGAAAAUGGCCGACGAUAAUUGCCCUCCAAACUUAGUAACAUUCAACGCUUUCAUUGGAGGUUUAUGUGAUGGUGGAAGAAUUGAUUGGGCCAUAAAUUUGCUUGAUUUAAUGAGGAAAUAUGGGUGUUCCCCUGACACAAUUACAUAUAAUCAGCUGAUAAAUGGUUUUCUCAAGGGUAUGCUUCAGAGUGCUUUGCAGCUUCUCGGGGAAAUGGUGGUCAGAGGGGCAAGCCCUGAUGCUUAUACAUAUAGCAUGUUGACUCAUGCCUAUAGUAAGCAGGGCAAGUUUAAGGAGGCCAUUCGAUUAUGGGAAGCUAGCACCGAAGCUGGAGAGUGGCAACCUGACCUAACAGCAUACAUGCAUCAUAUUUGGGGGAUUUGCAAUUGUUUUGGUAUGGAAGAAGCUGUCACUUGUCUCCAGAAUAUGAUAAAUAAAGGGAUAUCCCCAAAUAUUGUCAUCUGGAAUCUCUUAGUUCGAAAUUUUUUUGAUGGCAUGGGUAGUGUGGGGCCCAUCUACAUUCUAGAUGAUCUCAUACGUAAUGGAUGAGAAAUGACAAUGAUGAAUGCUUUGAAUUUCUCACAGAAGAUGAACAACCAAAAGAAAGUCAGGUUGAACUGGGGACAGAAUUUGGAGAUAGCACGUGCAAUGCAGAUAUGAAGCAAAAUUUAUUUUUUUUUUUUUGCACUGAGUUGCAGAUUAUUGCAUGGCUAUCUUAUGUAACAAUGAUGGGCUUGGAGCAUUUUGUUCCCUUUGACAUGUACAACUGCAAUAUAAAUCCUCCGAGUCACAGAUAGAAGGUAAAGAUACUGUAUCACGACGAUCAGUAACAGACAGUGUUAAGUUGCUUUCUUUUUACCUUUUGUCGAAUAAAUGAUAACAGAUUAAAUUAAGAAAUCUGUUGCAUCAGAAAUGUACUAGAGCAAAGUGUGAGGUAAAGAGAAAUAAACAAAAGUAAAGCCACAAUGCUAAUAUGGAAUAUCCGCUUGUUUGAUAUCACUCUUCAAGAUUGAAUUUGUUAGUCUUUGUGCAUCAGUUAUACCUUUUCCUACUCGAAUAUUUACUUGUCCAUUAUAUUCUCUUGCAUGGCCUUUUUUCCAAAGUUUCCUCCUCCCUUUUUAGUAUCUUUAAUUAUAUGGCAGAUUCUAGUUGUAGUUUUAAUUUGCUGAACAAUGCUGAAUGUAGUUAUUAGCUUUUUAGACAUCAGGAAACCAUCUUUGUUCCAAUGCUUUGUCCGUUACAUGUUUGCAAACCGAUUGUCAUGAUUAAAGUUGGCUGGAAUGAUGAAUUUUGUUCCUCUUCCCAUUUCUUUCUCAACAAUUCUUUGUUUCUUGCAUUAAGACGGACUUGUUUGUGCUAUCCAUACUUUUCUUACCCUUAAAAGUGCUAGGAAAAUUUGAUGCUGGGUGUAAAACCUCAUGUUUGAUUGUUAGUCUUAUAUGUUGCUCUAAAACAGAAGGAGAAUAAGUAACUUUUUUCUCGAUGCAUCUGUCUCAAGGUCUUUCCUGUUGGUUUUCAGAGAUUUUAUCUUCUGGUUGUAUCUGUGUUAUUGAUUGUGUAUUAGUUCUCUGAAGGACUUUGUGCGUGCACCAUGUACUUGCUGUUGAGUUAUUUAACAUGUCUCUGGUUAAGCAUUUUGGUUUUCCAGUUGAAAUCAUAAGCAACAAGGAUGUCCGAUUAGAAUGUUGAGAAGUCCCAUAUGAUCCAGUACGAUCUGAAUUACUUAGUGGAAUCGUUUUCCAUCAGGAACAUCAUCGGUGUUGCAUUCUGCACCCAUAAUGCUUAACCAAACUCUUAAAUACCAACAAUUGUUUUCUUAUCUUCAAUACGUACACAAGUAGUACUAGGGGUUUCUCAAUUUUUCGGCUUUGUUGAUGAUGACAAAGCUAAGUUUUGAUUAGUGGAUUCUAAACUUUGAUUUCAUCAAUCAAGCGAUAGAAAUUGAAAGAGGCUAGAUAUUGUUAUGAGCAUAAUGGGGUAGCUCCUUUUUCUAAUUACCUUGUUUCUCACAACUAAUGCUACUAAUGGUGAUUUUUGCCCCUUCAAGUGCUACCUGCCUGUGAAGAAGUAUGCCUGUACAUAGGCUUGCUGCAAACUAUGAAGCUUUAGAUUUUGAAAUCAAGCUCUGUAGCAAGGCAAAACCCAUUUAACACCUAAUGAAGACAAAAUGGGUCAUAUAAACGCCUGGAGAUGAACUUUAGCUCAAACUUGGUCCCUUAAAUAUUCUGAGUAAAUAAUAUAGGGUUCUGACAUUCCUUGAUUAAAGUUUCUCAUGUGAUCAACUUAUCAAGUGUGAUGACUAGCAUCUGCCUGGAGCUAGAAGUAUUGGCUCUGUUAGAUAUUUAGAGUCCCCUAGGUGUGGCAUUACAUCUGAACAGCUUGGCUGCAGAUCAGGCGAUUAUGCUUGGGGCUUCAAAUGGGUCUUUCCUGGUUAAUAAUGCAUACUACUUGUAUAUAGACAUUGCCAGGGCACUAGCUUUUACAUUUUGUUUUCAAUAUCCCCAAUCAUUCUUUCAUAUCUUGGUCAGCUAGAUCAGGCUGGCUUUGUAGAUUGUCUGUCCAUUGGCCAGAAUGAUUCCUACUUGAUAGUGGCUUCAUUGCUCAUGAAUCUAGAUUGCAUCUGUCUUCUUACGUACCGUAUCAUAGGUAACUUGGCAGAGGAUCCUUGGUAUACUAUUCUGGACAAUGGUCAGUUGGGAUUUUGAAUACAAUUAGAAUGUAUCCAGUUUCAAAAGGAAUUCUCUACGGUGCCCUCUUUAAGUUGCAAUCUUUUUGUAUAUCAUUUAAUGUGUGCUAGGAAGCUAAACUACAUAAUACUUCUUUGCUGUUGAUGUAAAUGUCCUAGUUCAAAGUAUUAAAGCUGAUCUAAAAUUUCAGAUUAGUGGUUAGUAUGAUCUUUCCUUGUAGAAUCACCUCCCUGUCUAUCAUAUAUACAGAACUCGUGGGGAUAAAAAUAUAUAAUGUGUUAUCCUCGGACUUGAGCAGGAUUAGUCCACCUUUUUUGUUAACAGAGCAGGAUUGGUUUGCCUGCUUUGUUGUCUGAAACUUACCUAUCUAUUAGAAAAUGAACUAACUCCUAUGCUGAUCAAGUAAAUGUGCCGUAAUCUAGUGGCCUUAAAUGUAAUUUCUUGAAUGUUGUGUAUAUAUUAUCUUGUUAAUGCGGUCUCUUUGUCCCCUUUUCCAUUUUGUUUUGAUCUCUCACGUUUUGCUGUCUGAAUACAAUUUAUUUACCUUGAUUUUCUCUUAGCUGAGUCUUUUGUGAGAAUAUGUAUUUAGGCAGAUGAGGUGCCUGCGUAAUCAUGCUAUGAUCUUAUUUCAGGGGUCUUCCUUCAAGUUGAAGGACUGAGAAAAUCUGUGUUUUCUGGCAGCAAGUGAUCUCGCCUGAUGGUGUAGUAAAUUCAUCCUUUUUUGGCAAUAUUGCCUGAGAUCUCUGAUUUUAUUAUGCACGUAGGCUUUCUUUCAAUAUCAAUAUUUGAAUUCCAAAGUCUGAAUUUUUACAUGGAAUUGUUCAGAGAUCUCUCUCAGGUAUAAAUGUAACUGUACAUCUCGAUAAUAAUCUACAUGAACGAUGAUGAUUCCUUUGCAUGUUGUGCUGGUUCAUGAUUGAUUGAAUUUGAAGCAGCCAAGGAUGAUGAUGAUAGCCUGAUAAAAAAAAAUGGUAGUUGUUUCCAGAUGAUGAAAUUUUUCUUGCCUGCUCGUGCAUGUGCCUUGUCUUCUUUUCCUUCCAAUACCAUGUCUUAACUUUGUGCACUUUAUCCUACUUGAUGUGUUCCAGGAGAUAAUUGUAGCUAGUAAAUGAUACGUGGGUUUUCCAGUUUGCAAAGGGUAUGGUUUUUUGCAGUGUUCUUAUGCGGAAUGGCUCUAUGCCUGAUGGAAUUGUCAGGUCUUUAUCUUUUUAAUAGCUUUUUUUGAUAGAUUAGCUUUCUGAAUGUCCUGUUUCUUCCUGUGUGGGGCAGGAGAUCGAAUAAGAAGAUUGUGAAGUUCUUGGGAUUGGGAAUGUCCUCAGGCCACUGCAAAAACUGGGGGAAAUUUUCAUCAGUUUUUGGAGCAUUCUCAGACAGUCUGUAUGUAAUAUUUGCAGUCUGCUACAUUGGAGACUUCAUGUGCUUGGUUCUAUCAUCGUUGCUUGUGGCAUCAUUUUGAUGCAGAUUAGUUAGGUUCUUUAGAUGCAGGCUUGUUUCUUUUAAAGAGAUGAGAAAGGUAGUGAUACUACUGUCGCUCCUAUGUCUCUUUCUAGAAUUGGGCUUUGGUUAAAGACGAAGACACGCCCGCACUAGUCCAUUGCUUAACAAGGAUUUGAUUCGAAAGUUACAAUCAAACCCGAAUUUUCUCUGAGAAGGCCAUGAUUCCGAUGAGGAUGUAGAGGACAAUAACUAGGGAUAUGGAACGAAGGUUAGUAAAGCUGCAUUGUCCUUGUACUUUGAGCAAAAAAAUCAUAUUAAAUACUAAGUUCGUACUGCGAAAGCCUUUGAUUCUUA